AUGCACUCAAGACUAAGGCCCGAGCUCCCGCUGUUCUACAACGACGUCUACAGGGUUGACCUGCCAGAUGGGCAUCGCUUCCCGAUGGAGAAAUACCGCCUUGUCCGCGAGGGUCUGCAAGGCGAGCUACUGGGCCGCGUAAACGGGAUCCCUGCGGUGUCGUUCGCCGUGUCGCCGACGGCGAGUCUGGAUGACCUGUGCACGACCCACGAUAAGGGCUACGUAGAGCGAUAUUUCGAGGGCCGCUUCACGAAUAGAGAGAACAGAACUGUGGGGUUUCCAUGGAGCGAGGCGUCGGUGAAACGGAGCCUGAGUUCCGUUGGGGGCACAGUCGCUGCUAUGCACGCUGUGUGUGCGGACGGAGAGCUGCGUGACCGCCGUCCCGGGGCCCGAAGAACACCGCCCUCUCUGUUUUCGGGGCACAUCGCAGGCGGGACGCACCACGCGUUUUCGGACAGAGGGGAAGGGUUCUGCGUCUUCAGCGACAUCGCGGUAGCAGCUAACGUGGCCCUCCGGGACUACCCGGAAACAAUACGACAGAUCCUCAUCGUCGACUGUGACGUGCACCAGGGGAAUGGGAAUGCCGUGCUGUUCAAGUCGAAACCCGAGGUUUCUACCUUCAGCAUCCACUGCAAGGCCAACUACUUCUCGGAGAAGGAGGAUUCCGACGUGGAUAUUGAGGUGGAGGAAGGUGCCGGCGAUGAGGAGUAUCUAUCCCUCUUGUCCGAACGCCUUCCAAGUCUAGUGGACCACGUCCGACCAGACCUAAUCUUUUACCAGGGAGGCGUCGACCCCCUGGAGCACGACCGACUUGGGAGGUUAAGCCUCACGAGGGAAGGGCUGCGUCUACGAAAUCGCCUGGUAUACGACACGGCCCUUGCGAGGGGCAUCCCUACCGUACUCACGAUGGGUGGAGGUUACCCGAAGGACCUAGACCCAGCGUCGGAAGACUUCGGGCACAUCGUGCGGAGCCACCGGGACGUGUACGAGGACGCCGCGGCUUGCAUAAAUACGUCUGCUUUCUAAGGUAGAGGUUCUUUGAGCAUCGGCAAGCAGUAGUAUCACGGGUUUCCAGAUCAAACCCGACGUGUGGAUAGACGUCGGCUUUUUAGAGGGGCGUCUUUGGGCGGCGGCAGGGCGAGUGGUGUGGUGGGUUUCCAUAGCAAAUCCGGUGUGGAAAAA